AAGUCUUCAUUAUUCAGUUCAAGAAGGUCAGAAUACAGAGUCAGAGGAAACAUGGAUAUAAUUAUUGCCUUUUCACGGCAGGCUAUGUACGGUUUGGUUCUUCAUCAUCAUAGGUGUUUGAGAUGGAAACAGUUUGGAUCAAUUGUCUUAACAGGCAGAAGUCCCUACCACCCUCAAUUUCAUCAGUGUCAUCAUGAUGCUUCCAACAAUGACUUAAAUGGAAUAACACAGCAAGAAAUUAAAGAAGGCAAACAUAAAGAGAGAAGUGGUAUGAAUAUUAGAGAUAACGGACACACACUUGCAACACAGAAUAGAAGUGUUGAAUCACCGUCGUUAAUUGAAAAUCAGGGAAACACAACAAAGUCUGUAGAUGGUGCUUAUUCGACAAGAUCAACGUCAGAUACCUCUCGGGUCAGUAAAAGUUCAAUGUCAAGUAGUACACAGGAUGAUAGUAUCAAGGGGAAGAACUCAACAAAUGACACGUCAGAGAAAACACUUCAUGAUGAUAAAUCUGGAAGAAAGGAGCCACCGGUAGCCCCAGAUCCCGAGACGUGCUGUGAAAGCGGUUGCGUGAACUGUGUCUGGAUCAAGUAUGCCGAAGAGGUCAAAGACUACUAUCCAGAUCAUCAAGAAAGAUUAAAAGAAAUUGUGGAUUCGAUUGAAGAUUACAAUGUCAAGAUGUUCGUCAGGAUGGAACUGGGCAUCAAAAAGUAGUCUCGACCCCAACUAGACAUGGAAUAGUACACGCUACUUCUAAGAUGAUACUCGUCAGGAUCCAGAAGUCAGGAUGUAGUGCUAGGAAAGUAGUAAACUGUAUGGUGCAAUGUUUAUAUUUCUAAGGAUACAUGUAUUUACAGUAAAUGUAGGCAAGAUUCUGAAUGCAAGCUUGCAAUAUGCCCCUAUUUAUAUAGAUCUAUAAAAAAAUUCUUCCUCUUCAAGAUGGCUGGCGAGGAGCAUGGCUUCUGUAGUCAUAUGUUAUCACCUCAUUUUUCCAGCAUUAAUCUAUAUCAAUUAAAUUACAGGUAGAUCAAAACAGUGUACACUUUGCCUUUGGACAAUGACAUACAUGUAAAGCAAUCAGACUAUUCCAUAUCUAUGUAUUCUUACAUAGAACUUAUUGUUUUAUCUUCAUUUUCUUCUUGAUUAACAAAGUUUUACUGUUUCCUCUGGUAUGAUCUCUACAUGUACUUUCUAUCAAUUAUUUUAGCCACUUCAGGGAAAAGCUGUCAUGAAAUUUACUCUUUCCCCCUCUAAACACUUUCUCAUCUUCAAACUUUUUGUAUAGAAAUCAAAUGUAUAAGUUUUUAAACAGAGAAUCAAAAGAUCUUAAUGCUUGUUAUUUUAUUACAGUUUAUCGGAAAUUCAAAUCCAAUUUUUUAUUGUCUUAAUUGUAAAGUUUCUAUUGCACAAAGCUUAUUCAGUAUGUAAGGCCCUUAUCUGGAAAACCAAUACUUUCAGCUUUUUUUAAAGCAAGAAGCACAACAUAAUAUAAUAGCCUAAAUAGGACGCAUUUCAAUGUAUAAACUUGAACUUAGACUUAAAGCCUGUAUUUAACUUAAAUGGUGAAUCCCAAAAAAUCACUUUUCAGUUCAUUACUACAUGUAGAUUAUAUAAAUGUGUAUGCCCUAAAAAUAGUUAUGAUGUGGCGGAUAUGAAAUCAAUAUGAUUUUAAAGUAUAAAUUUCACAAUUUUACGUGAAAAUUAUUUCGAUCUUGUGCCCGAUCAAGUUAAAAUAUCUGCAUGGUUUUUCCAUUUGAUAUCAAACCGAUUCCAAAGCAUGGACUGGGCAGAAAAUUUCAGGAUAUAAUAUUUGUUCAUAGCUUCUUGAUAUAUUAUCUAUAAACUUGUAAGAUAAAUGUCUAAAGAGCCUGUUUUUAAUUUAGGAAAAUAAUAGAUAUCGCCAAUAGAGGGCACUAAAUAUGUUUCAUUUGAGAAUUUAAAUGUUCACAGAGAAUAGGCAGUUAAAAAAUAUCAAUUUUCAAGACUGGACUUUUGGAUGAUACUCAAAUAUAAUCCACCUUAUUGAUCCUUUACUAAAGACAGGCUUUAUAUUGUCCCGUAAGUAUAGUUUGUAGAGAGACUGAAUUACUAUUUCAUUUAUUGUAAUGUACAAACUACAUUUAUACUUCUCAGAGUGCUUUAUAACUGACUUUUUGUGCUGCUUGCUUCUGUUUAUUUAUUGAUUUAUUUGUAUUUGCUG